UCCGGCGCGGCUCCUGGGCUGGGCUGGGCUGGCAGAGCGGCGCCGGCUUGGCCAUGGCCCCCUCGCUCCUGCGGCGGCUCUUCUGGCUGCCGCUGGUCCAGCUCUGCGCCGUUGCAAGCCCGCAGCCGGAUCGCCUGGGAGAGGCAGAGAGGUUCCUUGAAAAAUAUGGCUACUUGGGGUCUACUCACCAAGGAACGCGACCUGCAGUGUUUUCAGAAGCUGUCAGGGAAUUUCAGCGGUUGUACCACCUGUCUCCCAGUGGAAAGCUGGAUCCUUCCACCAUGCAUCAGAUGAGCCUUCCCCGAUGUGGCAUGAACGACACACGGAGUUUUGCUGCAUGGAAGGAGCGUGUGGAUGCCCUGUUCUUGGGCCAGAGGGCCGAGAAAAAGCGCAGGAGACGGUACUCACACCAAAGUGGCCAGUGGUACAAACGGCAUCUGACCUACCGGGUGGUGAACUGGCCCUGGUACUUACCCCAGCAGCAGGUCCAUCUGGCGGUGAAAGCGGCGUUUGAGCUCUGGAGCAAUGUCUCCUCCUUGGUAUUCUGGGAGGCAACCAGCGACUCGGCAGACAUUCGCCUGACUUUCUUCCACGGGGACCACAACGAUGGAACGGACAAUGCCUUUGAUGGGCCAGGAGGUGCUUUGGCCCAUGCCUUCUUCCCGCGCCGUGGUGAGGCACAUUUUGACAACGACGAGAGGUGGUCACUGGACAGCAGCAAGGGCCGCAACCUCUUUGUGGUGGUGGCACAUGAGAUCGGGCAUACGCUGGGUUUGGAGCAUUCCCCAGUGCGCAGGGCACUGAUGUCCCCAUACUACAAAAAACUGGGCAAGGAUUUUGUCCUCAGCUGGGAUGACAUUCUUGCGAUCCAGAAUUUAUACGGAAAGCCGCCCUGGGGCUCUACAGUCCAGCUCCCGGGGAAGUUAUUUGCCCGUUUCCAGGACUGGAGCCAGGAUAUUGAAGGCAGGGAACAUCUGAACAGAAACCGCAGUGCCCAUUACUGCAAGUCGUUUUUCGAUGCCAUAACCGAAGAUCUGGAAGGCAAUGUUUACAUCUUUAAAGGUGGCUAUUUCUGGACCAUAUCAAAAGCAGGAAAUGCCACUGGCCCACAGUUACUCUGGACAAAAUGGCCAGGUCUACCAUCCACCAUUGAUGCUGCUGCCUUCUCAGAGGAAGAUGGGAAAUUCUAUUUCUUCAAAGGCGGCAGGUGCUGGCGGUACGUAGGGUCUUCACUAGAAGCUGGCUUCCCCCAGAAGUGUAGCAACACCGGUGAUCUUCCACGCCACCCUGAUGCCAGUCUGUAUUUCCAACCCCUCCGCCACCUGGUUCUUUUUAAAGGCCCCAAAUACUAUGUGGUCAACGAGGAGACCUUCCAGGUGGAACCAUACUACCCCAGGAGCUUGAGAGACUGGGGAGGGGUCCCCACCAUGACCAACGGGGCCUUGACCCAUUCGGACGGAUUUGUAUAUUUCUUCCGAAAUGACAGGUUCUGGAAAUUCGAUCCAGAUAAGCUGCAAGUUGUGGCAUCUGGGAAAUGGGCCCCUCAGCUGCAGUGGCUCGGCUGUCAGGCUGAGGACUCAAGAAAGGCUGGAGCAUGACCUUCCUUAGAACCACAAGCUUGUCACGGCCCACAUCCAGAUGUUCUUGAGUGGUUUUCUGGGCCGUGUUUGCAUUUGCUCUUCUUUUGGUCUCAAAUGGAUAACACCGGAAAGAGACUGGGAAGCGUUAAAGUGCCUGUGGGGUGAGGAGAGGACAAGACCCCUGGUGAAGCAAAAUGGCCUCUGAAAAUAUUACUACUCAUGACAUUUCUUUUGAGUGCCUAAUGCCUCAGGCAAGAAAUGGGGCUGACACGCAGUCUUCACUGACUGGAAGAGACUGGGCCGACUCUCCCCAUUCCAGUCAAAAAGAAAGGACUUUGGGUGCUCUUUUGUCUCCUGUUUAUAUUUCACUGUGAAGGCCCACCUGAUUCUGAAAACCGUCAAGUCCAACUUUUCGUAUUUUCUUCUCUCCCAUCUUUGUCCAAGAGCCUCAUUGCCAAGGGACUGGUCAAAAUGGCAGGCCUUCAUUUUAGGGGCAGGGUUUCUUCUGAGAUGAGUUGGGUUGCUGCUGAAACUACUUGAUCAUCUGCCUCAGGAUCUCUGUGGUCAUACUGACUGGCUGGUCUCCUGCAACAUUUGUACCAUUUUGCGGAACGGUCUGUUAUUGAUCAUUCUCACAGUCCUUAGGACAAAGGGUUGCGGGACCUUAUUGUGUAUUCCCUCAAUAAUCAUACGAAGUAAGACUGAGGGACUGCAGAACACUCAGAAAGGAUACCCAGUGGGUAUUGCAGCUGAAUGGGGGUUGAGCUUAUGCCUGCUUGAUGGAAGCUCAACGUUCAGUCCAUUGCACCAUGUUGACGUAAGGUGGAUCAGUGGCCCUUUCCGCACAAAUCACCUAAAAGGGUUUAAAACGUUUUCAGUCCCCCUUUACAAUGACGUAUGUCUGCACUCCCCCCUCAAAAUGAUUGCCACCAUUACAUAAUUUCCCCACUUUUUUGAGUUCUGUGUUGAAUUGAUGCUUCAAAGCCUCAGGUUGCGAUUCUUCGCUUCUUGUGUGCUCGAUGCUUUGGCGAUUGCCCCUCUCCAAAAAAACCAAGCAGAAAUGUUGCAGAUAAACAGGUGAGGGGGACUGAGUGAGCACAGAAAAUGGCACCAAGGAGGAAAUUCAGGGAAGCAGAGAAGCAUGGGAAACGUAGUCAAUAGAUCUCAC